UAUUUAUGUACAGACGCGUUUCCUGUUGUCACCGCCGAAUGUGACCCCCAGCUACAAGAGACACCAGCCUCCUUCUGAAGACAGCGUCCUGACUCAUAAUUUCUGAAACCAUCUAGGGUCAUCACCCUAUCCAUGUGUAAUCCCUGAUGGGCAGCUGGUCCCGCGGUGCCGUGCUGGAGCUCUACAAGGCGCUGCUCCGUGCAGGGCGUCAUCUUCAGUACAGCGACCGGAACUACUAUCGCCGGGCCGUGGCUCGUGAGUUUUGGCGCUGCCAGGCCCUGACUGUACCUGAAGAUAAGGAGGAAGCGCUGAAGAGGGGCCAGUUCUUUCUCAGCAGCAGGCUAGAGGCAGGAUGGCCGGGAUGAAUGGGGACCGAAAAGGGAAAAAGGAUGACAACGGGAUCGGAACCGCUAUAGAUUUCAUGCUUUCCAAUGCCAAGCUCGUGCUGGGGGUGGGCGGGGCAGCCAUGCUUGGCAUUGCAACACU